UGAACCAGGAAGUGUGAGCUGCGGUAAGUGAGUGUAUGUGAGUUUGUUCUUCAGUAAAAUGGCAGAAGCGAGUAUUUUAGGACUUCAGGAUCAGUUCAGCUGUCCAGUCUGUCUGGAUCUACUCAAAGAUCCAUUAGCUCUUUCAUGUGGACACAGUUUCUGUAUGGUCUGCAUUAAUGGCUGCUGGGAUCAGGAGGAUCAGCAGGGAGUCUAUAGCUGUCCUCAGUGUAGACAAACCUUCACUUCAAGACCUGCUGUGAGUAAAAACACCAUGCUGGCUGAAGUAGUGGAGACACUGAAGAAGACAGGACUCCAAGCUCAGUCUUUGGCUGGACCUGAAGAUGUGGAGUGUGAUUCCUGCACUGGGAGAAAAUCCAAAGCCAUCAAGUCCUGCCUGGUGUGUCUGGCCUCUUUCUGUGAAACUCACCUCCAACCUCACUAUAAAUCUCCUGCCUUUAAGAAGCACAAGCUGGUGGAAGCCUCCAGACGACUCCAGGAGCAGAUCUGCUCUCAGCAUGACAAACUGCUGGAGGUUUACUGUCGGACUGACCAGAAGUGUAUCUGCAUGUUGUGUAUGAUAGAUAAACAUAAAAAACAUAAAACAGUAUCAGCUGCAGCAGGACGAGCUGAGAAACAGAAACAGUUGUUGAAGGUGCAGGAAACAUUCCAGCAGAAAAUCCAGGAGAGAGAGCAGGAGCUUCAGGAGCUAACAAAGGCUGUGGAGUCCCACAAGAACUCUGCUCAGACAGCAGUUCAGGAAACUGAGAGGAUCUUUUCUGAUCUGAUCAGAUCUAUUAAGACCAGAUGCUCUCAGGUGACACAGCAGAUCAGAGCUCAGGAGAAAGCUAUAGUGAGUCGAGCUGAAGAAAUCAUCAAGCAACUGGAGCAGGAGAUUGCAGAGCUGAAAAGGAGAGAUGCUGAAAUGAAGGAGCUUUCACAUGCAGAAGAUCCCAUCCAUUUCCUCCAGCGUUGUCAGCCUCUUAUGACCCCUCCUGUAUCUGCAGUAUCACCAACCACCACCAUCAGUUCUUUACUCUCAUUUAAAGAUGCAGUAAAUUCUUUGUCUAAGUCAAAAGUGGAGCUGGAAGCACGUUCUAAAGAGCAGCUUGGAAAGAUAUUAAGUGAAGUGAAGAAAAUCCUGAUCCUGCCCCCUGAAAGCAGAGAAGACUUUCUACAAUAUUCCUGUCAGCUCACACUGGAUUUCAACACAGCAAAUGAACGCCUCAAUCUGUCUGAUUCAAACAGAAUGGCGACUGACAGAGACGUCCAAUCAUAUUCUUUGUAUGGUUAUGGUAUACAGACAUCAUGGCAUCAAGUAAAUCCAGACAGUUUUAACUGUAACUCCCAGGUGUUGUGUAGUGAGAGUGUGUCUGGACGCUGUUACUGGGAGGUGGAGUGGAGCGGGGAUAAAGGGGUUAAUAUAGCAGUGUCAUAUAAAAACAUCAGCAGGAAGGGAGGCGGUAAUGAAUGUCAGUUUGGACGUAAUGAUAAGUCCUGGAGUUUGCUGUGCCAACCAUCUAAAUGCUCAUUUUUACACAACAACCAAGAAACUAAUAUCCCCAUAAACUCCAUCUCCUCCACAAUAGGAGUGUUUGUGGAUCACAAGGCAGGAAAUUUGUCUUUCUACAGCAUCUCUGACACGAUGAAGCUCCUCCACAGAGUUGAUGCCACAUUCACUCAGCCUCUUUUCCCUGGAUUCGGGCUAAAUAACAAUUCAACAGUAAAACUGUGCUACUGAAAAUAGAUUGGAAAGAUUUUUCCUGUAUGAUAUGAUAAAUAUAAAUAUAAAAAUCAAGCCAUGCUAUAUUUUAAAAGCACUUUCAUUAUGGUGAUAAAUUA